CGGCUAUAAACAAGAUGGCCGCCUCCCGAUGUAUACUAGACGAGGCAGAGGCCAAGAAAUUCAGGGAAAGCGUGACUCGCUUACAGAAAUUUGUAUUUGAUGAUGACGAUAAAUCCAAAAAUUCACUAAGUUUAUUAUUAGAUGAAGUAAUUGCCGCAGAUUCUCAAGUAUGCAAAUUUCUACACGAUUUCG